AUGGGACUUCACUGCACUCUUCCUUUUUUCUUCCUUUCUUGCUUUUUAGUCAACUUCAGUAGUUCAGGUAUGUUCUACAUGAUUCAAUUCCUUUUUUUUUGAACUUCAAAGCACGAUAAUUAAAGAUAUGUGCGAAAAUAUAUUCAAGUUGGCUUCUUUCCUUGUAACUUUCCUAGAUGGAGCUCAAUCUCUCAAUAAUUAUGCAGUUAUGAAAACUGAAAAUAAGAAAUAACAGGAAAUAUAUGGUUGUGAAACAACUUUUAACACACUCACUGGAAAACAAUUACGUUUCUCAAAAAAAAAAAAAUUCCUAUUUCUUACUUUCAAAGGCAGGAUUAUUGUUCUCUUCCCAUUCACUUGUCACAAUAGCUUCCAGAAAGAAAUAUUAUUUUUUCACACCUUAAUGGCUUUUUUCUUACUUCUGAUCUUCAGAAGUCUCCCCAUGUGCCCCGAAAAUCUACGAAGGAGCCUUUAAGAACUUGGUUUGCGUCUGCAAUUCGACGUACUGUGAUGAAAUCGAGGUGAUAAUUGGAAUCAAUGAUUGAAUGAAUGAACUAUUGAAGCCGCUGGGCACGGUUCAAAAUGGUGUGGUCGUGGUCUAUCGCUCAACUUUGGACGGAGAUCGAUUGAAGAGGAUGAGCUCGAAGUUACGAAAUCGGAGCAAGUUGCGAGAUUUUGAAGGUAAUGAGAGGUUUUCGAGAAGUUUACAGAACUCUUGGUUUUGCAACAACUUUCGAUGGAUCUAGACAUUCUAUGUGAUUCCAAAUAAUCAUUUUCCGAAUCCUUCCUAGCCAAUGUAACAAUCACGGUGGAUGCUCGGAACCAGAUGCAGCCGAUAAUCGGCUUCGGUGGCGCUUUUACCGACGCUGCCGGAGAAAACCUAGUCGCACUAAAUGACGCGGCUAGGAAGAAACUUCUGGAGGCCUACUUCGGCAGAAAUGGUAUUCAAAUCUUUCUUCACACUUUCAUGAAACGUUCAGGAUUGGAAUACAACAUGGGACGAGUUCCAAUCGCCAGCUGCGAUUUUUCCGUACGGGAGUACAGCUACGACGACGUGUCGGAGGAUUUCGGCUUGAAGAACUUCAGCUUGGCCCAGGAGGACAUGGACUACAAGGUCAGACUGACUGAUUCACAUAGCCUCUUUUGAAAAAGUUGUGGUUUCCAGAUUCCAUUCAUAAUCAGCGCGAUCAACCUGACACAGGGGAAUCUGCAGUUAUUCGCUUCGCCGUGGAGCGCACCUGGUUGGAUGAAAACUACGGGAAAAAUGAGAGGCGGAGGUCCGCUCCGCAACGAUUCGCGUGUCUACAAAACCUACGCCGACUACUUUGUCAAGUGAGUUACUUUCGAUAUAAUCUUAACAGGAUGUUAGUGUCAGAAGAUAGUAUAAUGACCUCCACAUUAGUUUCCACUCGUAAAAAUGUAAGUUUUUACGCAAAAGUUUCUUGGUCGCACGCAGAAUAUUCAACCUGUUGCUUUUAGAAUAACAUUUAAAGUUAACUUAACAUUCUGCAGCUCUUUUUGUUUUCCUUUUUCGAUGUCUUUGCGCGUAAUUCGUUUUAGGUCUGACACAACUUAAAGGAAAGCCGUUUUGCUUCGAAUCAUUCCAAGUGCGACCGUGUAAAUCCAAGCUGAGAUAAGUUAAGAAUGCUCAAGCUUCUCUCUUCCGUUUAAUAAAUUUCUGACAUACCGCUUUUAAAAAAAACCUAGUGGGUCUGAUAAAAAACGGCUUCCUGUAUUGAAUGAAAAUACUCUGAUACUUUUUAUUAUUAUUUUUAUCCGAUUCAGAUUUUUCGAAGCAUACCGAUCCAAAGGAAUCCAGUACUGGGGACUCACAAUCCAAAACGAACCAUCGACAGGCGCCGACAUGGAUUGGAGAUGGCAGACGAUGAACUUCACGGCUGAGACCAUGAGGCAGGUCGAAAUCGUUUCUUCCUUCGGAAAAUCGAGUUUCAGAGAUUUCCUUCGCGGAUACCUAGGACCAGCUUUGAAGGCAAACGAGGCCACUCGAGAUCUCAAAGUAAUGGUUUUGGACGACGGCAGAGGCUUGCUCCCUGGCUGGGCUGACACGGUUUUUCAAGGCUUCUGGCAAAUUUAAAUCGAGGGUGUUAUUUUGAGAUGUUCGCCGAUCCGGAAACGGCAAAAUACGCCGACGGUGUGGCAGUACAUUGGUAUGGUAACCUUUACUCGCCUGCGAUACUUCUCUCCAAGACCAAUGAGAAACACCCGGACAAGUUCCUUUUCGCCACCGAGGUUUGAUUAUAGGCUUCCAAAGGCUAUGACAUCUUAUAAGAUUUUUUUGCAUUUCUAGUUGUGCUUCAAGAAAACGAAGGAAAGUAGAGAGGCUAACAAGAAUUGAAACAGUUUUCCAAAAAGAUUCCUGUGAUUCACAAAAACAGAAAAUGCCGGAGGAAGCGUAAAAUACCCAAAGUUCGAUUUCAAGUUUUCGGAAAUACAUGGCAAGUUUUCGCAAUCAUCUAAUUUUAAUUGAUAGUUUUCAAGACUACGAACUCAAGAAAAAGAACAGAAAUAAAUCUUGAUCGUAGAAAAAUUGAAGAAAAGUUAGAAAUCAAGCAGAUAACUUCCUCGUUGAGAUUUUUCGUAGGAAAUCGAAUUUUCCGGUUAUUUGGAUUUCGGAUCGCUUUUCAACAGAAUCAGAGUUUUUUCAACUUCAAGUAGACCGUUGAACUCGAAGUGGAAAGUUCUGCGGACUGGUUUUCUCACCGCAAAUCUAUUUUUUCAAUGGCCGGUUUUUUUCAGGCUUGCGCUGGCUACGCUGGACAUCACGGUCCAAUCAUGGGCGACUGGUUCAGAGCCGAGUCCUACGCCGACGACAUUAUCACGGUUUGAGGACUUUUUCAGACACUAAAUGGAUAAAUCAAGGACCUGAACAACUGGGUGAGAGGCUGGACCGACUGGAACUUGUGUCUCGACGAAACGGGCGGUCCGAAUUGGGUCUUCAACGUCGUCGACGCGCCGAUCAUCGUCAACCGAACCGCCCAGGAGUUCUACAAACAGCCAAUGUUUUACGCCUUGGGACAUUUCAGGUCUGUUUUCUUUAUAAUUUUUUUGAGCUUUGAAAUUUUCAGCAAGUUCUUCACCCGUGGUUCGAAGAGGAUAACCGUAAAAGUGAGUUCUUUUUUUCUUUCAAAUUCUCUAGAUUUAGUUCCAGUCUCCUAUUUUCGGAGCUUUUCAGGGAAAUUUCCAGUUUUUUACCGAAUAUUCUCAUGACAAACGACAAAAACUCAUCAAUAAAUUCACGGUGAAGGUUAUCAAAGAGGAAUGUAGUUACAAUUUGGGCGUCUAAUUUAUUAUGCAUCGAAAGUUUUCAUGGUCAUGAGUUCGGAUUUCAAAGAUUCGAAGCAAAUGAGUUAUAUACUGGAACUGGGGUAUUUUUUAAGGUAGAAGGAAGUCUGGCGGUGUCAGGGACGGCGGUCGUGCUCGACGGUGGUCAGCGAGCUCUGGUGCUGCUCAACAAGGCGAGCUCCAACACCUCGGCGAGCAUCGUCGAUGCCGCCACCAAUGACGUCAUCCAACUCGAACUUCCAGCUCGGUCCAUUCACACCGUUGUGUGGAACAAAAAGAAAUGA